GCAGAAAAGAGGGGACGCUCUCCUUCAGUCUGUCUCUUUCUUUCCCUGAUUUAGCGGAGGUGGAGAUUUUCAAUCCCACCCAGUCAGACGCAGGCAGGAGGAUUUGGUAAGACUACCCCGGGAAAAGCUACUCAGAGGAAAUUAUCAGCAGCAGCAGCAGCAGGCGCAGCAGCAACAUGAGGGGGAGCCCGCAGGAAGACGCACGCCUGGGGUGAAGAAGGGAGAAAUAUCACACUGAUACACUGAGAAAACCCUGUUUCAUUGAAUUUGCUUAUUUGGGACUUCAAGAUGGAAGCCUUGUGUUUAAGAGUUUCCUUGCUGCUGCUGGUUCCAGGAUUUGCUCUCAGUGACAGCUCUGACAGAGACACCGCCAAUAGGAGUGAGCUGGGAAACUACCUUCCCACCUUCUCAGGGAUAGAAUCCGCUGUACUCCUCACUACCAGGCAGCCCCUGGUGUCCAACCAAACUGUCAAGUGCUCCCAGCAGACUAAAAUUGCUGAAACUUUUAAAUACAUUAACACAGUGGUGUCUUGUGCCAUUUUCAUCGUUGGAAUGGUUGGGAAUGCAACUCUACUGAGGAUCAUUUACCAGAACAAGUGUAUGAGGAAUGGCCCGAAUGCACUGAUAGCCAGUCUGGCACUAGGAGACCUUAUCUAUAUUGUCAUUGAUAUUCCUAUCAUUGUGUACAAGCUCCUUGCUCAGAAGUGGCCUUUUGGGGAUUCUGAAUUUGGACAGUUUCUUUGCAAAUUCCUUCCCUUUAUACAGAAGGCAUCGGUGGGAAUCACAGUCCUUAAUCUCUGUGCCCUUAGUGUGGACAGGUACAGAGCAGUUGCCUCCUGGAGCCGUGUGCAGGGAAUUGGAAUCCCUAUGAUCACUGCUAUUGAAAUCUUCUCCAUUUGGCUUCUGUCCUUUAUAUUGGCUAUUCCAGAAGCAAUUGGUUUUGCUGUGGUACCUUUCAGAUAUAAGGAUGAAGGUUAUGUUACCUGCAUGCUUAAUCCUACAAAUAAUUUUAUGUUGUUUUACAAAGAUGCAAAGGAUUGGUGGCUGUUUGGUUUCUAUUUCUGCAUGCCACUGGCAUGUACUGCUAUCUUUUACACACUAAUGACUUGUGAAAUGUUAAACAGAAGGAACAGUAAUUUGAGAAUUGCUCUCAGUGAACAUCUUAAGCAGCGUCGAGAAGUUGCAAAGACAGUUUUCUGUUUAGUAGUGAUUUUUGCUCUUUGCUGGUUCCCUCUCCAUCUGAGCCGAAUUUUGAAGAAAAUGGUAUACAACGAAAGAGACCCUGGCAGAUGUGAACUGCUCAGUUUCUUGCUGCCACUGGAUUAUAUCAGCAUCAACCUGGCAACCAUGAACUCUUGUAUAAACCCAAUAGCUCUCUAUUUUGUGAGCAAGAAGUUUAAAAACUGUUUUCAGUCAUGUCUUUGCUGUUGCUGCUCUCAAUCCAAAAGUCUAGUGACUUCAAUGCCCAUGAAUGGAACAAGCAUUCAGUGGAAAAAUCAAGAACUAAAUCACAAUACAGAUCGAAGCAGCCAUAAAGAUAGCAUAAACUGAAAAUUAAAGACUCUGGCACCACUUCAGAAUCAAAUAGGAAAAAAAAAGUCACAACAAAGCUAUUUCAACAGGAAGCCCAGUGAGUGUUCCAUAUAGCAUAACCAAUUCAGAAGUCUGCACCCUUGUAUAUAAUUCCAGAGGUGCUGAGUAGGUUGAAUAUAUAUGUGAUGUUCUGUGAACUGAGAUGCUCUGGAUGGUAAUUCUGUCUCUGAAAUUUAUAUUGAUAUGUUUAUAAAACAAAAAAAAACGACUUGAACUACACAUGUGGUUUGCUCUUCUGAACCAAGUAAGAACUGUCCUUCUAUCUCUGACUGGUACACUACAACCUUUUUACCUGAUUGUCUCCUAGAACUAAUCACCACAGAAAUUUUCAGAAGAUAUCAAAAUGGAAUCUGUCUGUGACUGUAUAUUUUAUCUCUGCCCAUUUGUCUUUUAACUUUUAUUUGUAGUGGAUAUAUUCCAUACGCUGGUAUGUUCUGCAUGUUGUUGUUGGGUUUUUUUUCAAGUUUAGGUUUGAAAAUGUGUUGGUUCAUACCAGUAUUUUAUUUACUUACGUUAUGAGUCAGGACAUUAGCUGGACAGUUCACAUUUGUAGCACUUCAAUACCCAAAAAUAGGAAAAGACCAUUUAAAAUAGCACCAACAUUUGGCACUUAAGCACAGAUUAAUACCCCAAAAGAGGUAUUAAUAACACAGUACUAUACUGUGUUAUUUAUUUGAAUGCUUUCUAUGAAGUAAACAUAUUCUAUACCAGUAAAAAGAAUGAAAAAUGUCCAUAGAGGGGCACCUUACCAUGUGUUUUUAAUCAACUGCCAUGUUAAUUCUUAAACUAUAUGAACCUAUUAAUCUAUUUAGACUAUAGCUGCUUUAAAUAUAAAUUGAAACAAGGGUCAGUGGAAUACAGCAAAACGUUAUUAAAGCAGUCCAAAGAGUUUUAAGAAAAUGAUUACUAUCAUAGCAACUAUGCACAACACUAUUUAAACAGACAUAAAGUUUUAGUCACAGUGAAUAUGAAACUGUGGAAGCCCAUUACAGCUGUAUGUGCAUAAGGAUAUUUUGUACCUUAUGCUUGCAGAGUUUUUUGCAUUACUUUCACAAAAUUCAAACAUUUUAAUGGGGUUUUUAUAGUUUACUAGAAUUAUUAACCAUACAAAUGCUAUUAAUAAUAUAUAGAAAAUAUUGCUUGCAUACAUGUAAAGAGGUGAUCUAUUUUUCAUUUUCAUCAAUUAUGGUUACAUGGCAAGAGAUUCAGUGUUUGGCUAUAAACAUUUUAAAUAGGUAGCCUUUUAUUAAAUAGUAGAAUUAAAUAGUGUGGUAUCAUAUACAAUAUGCCUCCUUCAUAAAUCAGCUAGGAGAUUUAUAGAAUCUGUUGUGCAAGGUUGAGAAGCUGUAACUAAGACUCCAUGAGUUUUUAAAUAUCCAGUUACAUUUCAAGUGAAAGACUAAAUUCUAAUUUUUUUUACAAAGUCAAAAUAUUAGUGCCUACAGUGACUUCUGCUGCACGAGGUUUCCAAAUGUUUACAUACACACAAAUAUUCUAACAUAUAUUAAAAGAAACUUCUUUAUGUAUUUUUGUGUGCUUUUGUCUCUAUGCCAUAUAUGCAUGUAUAAAUACAUACACGUUUAUGAUAAUACAUUAUAAGCCUAAAUACAGUCUUUUGACAGUGCCCUGUAGUAGUGUUCAAGAGUAUGCUCCUGAAUGAGACAGCUAAAUUUUAUUCAAAACUUUUCACCCUCAACUUGUAUCAAAGAUCACAGCAAACAAAUAACAAUGCUUUCCUCUGAGAAGCUUGGUUUAGUGGGUCUCUUUAUAACCUGACACUUUCACCACUGCUGUGAAGGUGCUGACUGGAUGAUAAAGGCAAACAGAAAAAAGACAUGAGGAAUAGAUUUAAGUGGUAAAUUGCCACUUCAUUAUUUCAAUGCAAGAAAAAAAGCUUUGUGCUCUUUCCCCACCUCUGGCCAUCUAACCAUCUGAUGAUUAGAUGGACCAAAAACUUAUCCCAUACCAGCAAGCCAAUAAUCUGGUCGUUCAAGGACAAUCUUUUCUACCUGUCUAUAUAGGGCAGUGAGCAGUAGAGGUAAUCCUGUCCACAGAUAGCUUUAGGUCUCUUUACUGCUACAAAAAGAGGAUCUACCCGCAAAAAUUUUAGCUCUUACCUACUUCUGAAAUUGACCAUUUUUAGGCUUUACCAGCCCUGGUACCAACCACAAGUCAUAAAAAGCUAACAUUUUUCCUUCCAACAUUAAGACUUUGAACAUUUGUCACUUUCAACCCAAUAGGUGGCUCUGUUAGAUGGCAAAGAAAGUACACACACAUGCACACCCAAAGCAGACUUUAAGACAGUUCAGCCUAUCUGUAAAAAACAUGUUCCUUCUCCCCAAAGGCUGACUGACCUUAGUGACAGCAUUAUAAAAUACAUGACUUGUAUCUUUUAACUAAAGAAAAAAAAAGGGUAAAAUAUCUAUUAGA